AAAGUGGGAAAAAGGAGUGAAGUUGAAGAAGUAAUGUUAGUAGGAGUAGAGACACAAUAUGAUGUUCCUUGUCAACAGAGGGAUCCUGACAUGUUGCAUGUUAAGAAGGUGGACUUUGUUGCGUUUAUUACUUUGGUUAUCAACUGCACAGCGCAAAUGGAGAGGAAAUCGGAGAAAAUAUGCAUCAUUGUGAGUGCGACUGAGCGUUUUUUGGGACUUUUCUGCAGAGGCAUUACAAGGAAUCCUGUCGAUGAAUACUCCGUCCUCACAGGAAGCCUGUGUAAUGAUGUGAUUUGAAUGUGACUGAAGGAGUGGGAUGGUUGUUCGAUUUAUUUUUGUAUUAUCUCGGGUCCCCCCUUCCCGCAAUGGAAUAUAUAAUUUUUGUUUUGUUUCAACACCACGUACAGUAGGUGGCGACAAUACACCAAUUGGUGUAGUCUGCCAUAAAACUUUUUAAAGAAAGAAAAAAAGAAGAAGAAGAUUUCCGUUAUCUGUCAUUGCAGACGCAAUAGCUUUCAGCUGACAGGUCAUGCAGAAACAUUGACAAUCACCGGACGUGAAGUUCCAGACAUCCAGAAGAAAAGUUUGUUUGUUGUCAAUUAUAUAACGGUUGAGUUAAGGGAGAAUCAGAGAUGUGUGCUGCUGUCUACCUGCUGUCUACGGUGACGGGGUACAUGAUCACCUCUGCCUUGUUAUUGAAAUGCCCAACACUUCUGCAUCGGAGGAAGAGAGAGCCAUUCCUAAGCAGACACAUAUCCCAUCGUGGAGGGGCAGGUGAAAACCUGGAGAACACCAUGGCAGCUUUCAAGCAUGCAGUGGACCUUGGCACUGACAUGCUGGAGCUGGACUGUCACAUGACCAAGGACGAGCAGGUGGUCGUGUUACAUGAUGCCAACCUGGAGAGGUCGACUGGCGUCUGUGCCCACCUCUCUGACGUGGCCUACGCCGAUCUGCCUCCUUACCUGUGCAAGCUUGGUGUGACUUUCCAGAGAGAAUGCGUCUGUGAGGGAGGGGAGGACAAACGCAUUCCUCUCCUCAGGGACGUGUUCGAGGCCUUCCCGAAGACCCCUGUCAACAUCGACAUCAAGGUCAACAAUGACACACUUAUCAAGAAGGUCUCAGAGCUGGUUGUGAAGUAUGACAGAGAACACCUCACUGUUUGGGGCAACUCUAGCAACCAGAUUGUGCAGAAGUGUUACAAGGAGAACCCUCGUAUCCCAGUGCUGUUCAGCAUGCGCAGGGUUCUAAUGCUGGUGGGGCUCUUCUACACCGGCCUCCUGCCCUUUGUGCCCCUCAGAGAGCAGUUCCUGGAGAUCCCCAUGCCCUCCAUUGUCACUAAACAUCUUAUGAGGGAUCCUGAUAAGAUGACCAGGAGUCAGCAUGUCAUCACCUGGCUGGCAGAUACCCUGCUGAUGAGAAGAGCUCUGUUCAAUCACUUAACAGCAAGGGGAAUACAAGUUUAUGUGUGGGUGCUGAACGACGAGAAGGACUUUAAGAGAGCCUUUGACCUGGGAGCCACAGGUGUCAUGACUGACUACCCCACCAAGUUGAGGGACUUCAUGGAGAAGAAUGGCACUGCUAAAUGCCUAAAUAAACUAAAGACUGAAUGACGUGCCAAAGUCGCCACGUUCCCACCACUAAAGCCAACUGACCUGCCAAAGUAUCUCCAGACUCCCAUCGGACUCCAGACCUUGGCUAUUCUGGGAGGCGUUGGCGUGUUGAUGUACGCACAGAGGAUGAUCACCCAAGAUUCCCCUUGUUGUGUCCAUGUAGAUACAGAACUGUUUGAACACCAGCACAGGCAGCUAAGAUUAUUUGGCCUUUGUCCUGCACUUCAACUGGGCAAUAAAACUUGUUAAUGUAUCUACUUUUACAGUAGUUAAAAAAAAAAAGUUUGAUUAAUGUAACAUGGCCAGUUAAUAUGUUAAUCGUAGGAGAGGGAUAUUUGAUCAAGAAGUGGUUCAAUAUUCAGUAUGUUAUUGUGUUUUGCUGUUUGACAGAUAAUGCACGCAUCUGUCAAAUUCAAGACUUCAUUCAGUGCCAGUCUGUUUGUGCUGUCAUGCCAACACCAUUGCCCAUUGUCAAGCCAAACAUGGCAUGACAAUGAGUGAAAAGGAGUUGGCAUGAUAGCAUAAAUAGACUGGCACUACAAUUAGUCUUACAUUUGUGUAAUAGCAAAGUAAAGUGACUGAGACCUGUUUUUAAUUAUUAUUUUUCACCUGCAGAAUCAAUAGAAUUUAAAGUGUUUAUUUUUUGCAAUUUAGAUUGUUUAAAAAAAAAAGUAUUGAUUGUAAAAUGGUAUUGAAAUAUGAAAUGUAUUUGAUGUUUGGUUGUGACCCGAUCCCGCCUCCCUCUUUAAACUUGCAACCUCAUUGGACGUAAUUCCA